AUGUUCUCACUCGUGGGCUACCUCUGCUACGCCUCAUACACGGGGGCCCUCUACUUCAGCGACGACGUGCGCGCGUCCUACGCAGCGCUACACGGCGGCGCCAUGCCUGACAUCAGCGCCGCCGACUUCUCGUUUGCAGCGCUGGCAGUGGUGGCCACGCUGGGCGUUGCGGUUCAGCACUCCCUGUGGCGGCGCCCCGGCGACAAGGUCCUCAGCCCCUUUGCUGUGUCUGUGGGCGGCGUGGUGGUGCUGUCAAUUGCGGGCUGUGCAGCGCACAUCCAUGCAACCUGCGAGGGAGUGCCGGACUGCGCAUCCUGGCUGCCCAUGCUGGUCUUGCUGGGCGGGUUCAAGGUGCUCAUGACUGUCAUCAAGUACACGCCCCAGGUGCUGCACAACCACCAGCGCGGCUCCACGGAAGGCUGGAGCACCCCCGCAGUCAUGCUGGACGUAGCAGGGGGCGUGCUGUCGUUCUCGCAGGUGAUGCUUGACGCUCUGGCGCGUCAUGACCUGUCAGUCAUCACGGGGAACCCUGCGAAGCUCUGGGUCGCUGGCCUCAGCAUCGGGUACGAUGCAAUCUUCCUGGCGCAGCAUUUCAUGUACAAGAAAACACCGGCCGCAGCGCAGGCUGGCGUUAUUGUGGGCGCCCUUGCACAGCCGCAGCCGGCCACAGCUGGCGCGCGUGAGCAGCCCGUGCUGGCGUUCGCAGCCAUCGACCGUCGCCAAGGGGGUCGCGGCGGUCUGAAGCAGCGCCUGUGA